AAAGGGUGAAUGAAUUGGUGGAUAAAUAGAAAUUUGGCGGGAGCUAAGUAACGAUAUCCUGUUGGCAUAUAUGCGAAAAAAUACGAAUGGGCCGCCCGACCUUCCAGCAGCAGUGGCGGUAAUCUACAUCUUGACCUACAUCCGCCGCCUAUGCAAAUCGGCGGCGAUUGUUCGCUGUGGAUACGUUCGGCGACACUGGACUUCGACGAUGGUUUGUGGGAGUGCCAAGUGACGGCGAGUGAUUUCACAACACAAGAUGCACUCACCAGCCAACCAGUGCGACUGGUUGUCAGAGUGGUGCCACAACGUCCACGCCUGGAGUAUGAGGGCGCACAUGUUCCACCCGGACAUAAUAUUACCAUCGACUCGGGUGCUCUGGCGACCGUUAAAUGCGUAUCGCACUAUGGCAAUCCGCCAGCCACACUCAAAUGGUAUCUCGGUGACCAAGAAAUUCAACCGAUUCAUCCGCAAAUCAACAACACCGAACCGGAUAAUCCGCGCACCUGGUCGGCAACGUCUGUCGUUCAAGUGACGGCGAUGCGUGAACGCCAUGGCGACAUUUUGCGCUGUCUCGCCUAUCAUGAAUCUUAUACGGCGAAAUCUGUGCCGGUUGAGGCACGUUUGGAUGUAAAGUAUGCGCCAACCAUCCGUCUAAUUGGCUCACCGGAAAUCGACUUAGAGGAGGAUAAGGAUGCGCUUAUCCUACGUUGCGUUGCCGAUGCCAAUCCACCGGCAAGUAUUGUGUGGCGGCGUGCGGGUCGUUCGGAAAUCGCCAGCUUGCAGGAAACACUGCAACUGCGACCUGUAGGCCGUCGUGAUGCCGGACUCUACACAUGUCAAGCCCAAAACUCGGUGGGCACCUCAGAGCAGCUCUCCGUACAGUUGGACGUUAAAUAUCCGCCAAAAAUAGUUUCGGCUGGACCGGAUCGACUUACUACAGCACCAUUAUUCAGUCCAGCCGCAUUUGAGUGCGUCGCCGAAGGCAAUCCGAUGCCUAGCUACAAAUGGGUGCAGAGAAUUGCGCAUGGCUCCAAGUUCGUGGAACGUGGCAGUGAGCCGCGUCUGGUUAUUGACAAUGUCACCUACGACUAUCAGGGUGAAUAUGAAUGCCGCGCCACCAAUUAUAUCAAUGGACAGGAGCGUGUUGCUGUCUCCGAACCAAUUUCGCUGCAAGUUGUGGGUGCACCACAAGUACUACGCCCACAUCCAUCGAUGCACACAAUAUCGGUAAAACGUGGCCAGCCGGCCGUUAUGUCGCUGGUGGUCUGUGCAGAUCCACGACCACAUCGAGUCUCAUGGGAGUGGGGCUCAUUGCGCCUGGAAGCUGGUUCAGGAAUUGCAGACCGCUUUCGCGCCGACGAUAUGUUGCAGGAUUCACGCGAGGAUUGCUAUCUCUCCACUUUGCAUAUUCUACGCACGGAUGAGCACGAUUCGCGUCCCUACUAUCUGGUUGUGGAGAAUGAGCGCGGCACCGAUCGGCAUGCCAUUCAUUUGAAUGUGGAGGGUACGUUUACAGAACCACUGGAGAUGAGCUAUUUGCUCGGCAUCGCUGGCGGCUGCCUGGCCGCGAUACUCAUAUUAAUCUGUCUCUGCAUUUAUGCGGUGCGCAGCAAAAAAUGCUGCUUCAAAGGUAGUUCCGGCUAUAAAUCAUCAGAUAAAGACAGUGAGAAAGCUGAUUUGAAAUCACGUUCGGACAGUACCAGUGGUCCACAGGGUGAUUCGAUAUAUACCACGCCGGCUGGUUUUCAUCAUCAUCAGCAACAGCAACAGCAACAACAAUUGCAACAACAUCACCAACAAGCGCAACAACAACAACAACAGCAACAGCAUCAUCAUUUACAAACCGCACACGGAUCACCGGAGGCAAUGAAGCCGGUCUCACAUAAAACGACAACAACCACAAAAGCCACAUUCGAUGGCGAACUGCUUUGGCAACAAGAAGCGACUGAAUUUAUAGAACGUUUUCCGCAGCGUCGUCGCCAACAUGACGCGCUACGUCCCAGCGUCUCAGCCGGGGCGCUUUAUAAAAAUGCCACCGGUAUAACGACGCUCAAUAAGCGCGCUAGCGGUGGUGAGCUGCUCACAGCGCAACAACGGCAUCAACGUGAUCUUUUCAGCGGCGAUUUAGGUAUACCAGAGGUGCGUUCACAUGUGGGCAGUAUGGUGCAUACAUUCGAAACGCUUGCUAUGCAACGCAAACUUGCCGAUCAAGAGCGCGCCAAGGAACGCGCUUGGGCGUUGCAACAGCAGCAACAGUGGGAGCGCGAACAGUUGGCAGAGAGAAAUUGUAAGUAUACGCCAACACUUAAAAGCGCCAUACAUACAACCACAUACACAUAUGAUACGCCCACACACGCGUCACGCCAUUCUCAGCACGGCACUAGCAAUAGUAAAUAUCAUCAACUAAAGCGCAAAUCACACGAAUCACGUCAGCGCCUCAUAAAACUUAGUAAACAGCAGCUGCUGGCUGCUUUCAAUAACAGCGCUAAGCGUGCACCGUCAAAAACAGCACACACUAAACUCGAAAGUAGCUUAAGCGCUCAGUCGCUACCUGGCGCCGACAAUAAUAAUGUAUUGUCGCCGAGUAGUAGCCCCCUUAAGCGGCACAGCACUUUAAGUUUGCACUGCGCUGAAGUUGCGCGCGCUGCAAAAGCGAACGAUGAUCACUUGAUCCAGCAGUAUUGCCAUCUGGAUGACGAUUAUCGUAAAAAUCUGUUUGGCACCAUAUCAAGUCGUUUAACAGCUGUUAAUAAAGGUUGUGAAGAUAUUAACAGUUAUGACUAUAGUGGCGCACGCCACAAUAGUAAGCGUGUUAGCCACGAAGAAGAAGAAGAUAUGGAUGUUGGCGCGCACAUAAACGUUGAACAUGACGAAGCGCUCAUUGUGAGCGCCGCCUUCGAUGAAAUAUUCGCCAGUUACAGUGGCAUCGAUGACGACGAAGAAGAUGAGAAAAAAAUCAGCGCGCCGGCAAUGUUAAGCCGUGCUACCACAUAUUCUACGGGUUUUGAAGAGCAAAUGGUAAGUUUAAGUGAACUGGACGAUGAUGUUUUUAAGUCGCUUAGCUCGAGUCGCAUCAAUAACAUUGGUUGCCCAGGCAACACGCCAAUGAAACAGCCGCCUUUAGCGACAAGCACACACAAAAAGGCGGCAACGCCAAACAAACGCUUACCAACAAAUGGCGCCGUUGCCGAUGCAACACAAACGCUUAAGCGCAAACGCACCAUAAUGCCAUUGGCAAAACAAAAGCAACGCGCCACAACACUACAUAAUCUCUUCGACCGCCUCAAAGCAACACAAACGAAAGUAAAGCGCCCAUUUGUUAAAAUGCCCUCCGACAGUCUGCUAAAGCAGGAUCAACUAAGUAUUGAGCAAAUGACGCACGCGCUGCACAAAUACUCACCACAAUUAAAUUUAUAUCGCGAGAUAGGCGAAGGCGAAGCGGCCGGCGAACGUAGUGAUGCUGAUGGUGAUUUUCUACGCGGUUCUACAUUGAGUCAAUCAUUUGUACGCCAACAGCCGAAUACGCGUGAGAAUAAGGACGAGCCUAAGCGCAAAAAGUCGGCGCCGCCACCGCCACCAAUCAACCAUACAAAAUCAAAUAGCGGUAUCAGUGGUGUAAACGCUGUAAAUGGCGCGCCACGACCGAGCUUCGCGUCACAGCGCGCUAAGUCCACAAACGAACUGCUGCUCGAUGAUUUGGCCGUGCAAGCGCGUCGCUAUCAACGUGCCGCUAGUCGCAAGUAUGCGGCGCCGCCAACGCCCAGAAAACAACAGCAACCUGUAGAAGAGGGAAGUGAAGUAACGCAACGCUCCAAACCGAACCGUGCCAUUAGUCGUGGCAACGGCGUUGGCGCUGACAUCUUUUUACGUGGCAGCGCAGAAAUCUAAGCCGAAGCCGACUGCUUGCGCAAACUGGCAGAAGUGUCCAAGCAGUAAUCAAAGCGUUCUGGCGGUGUUAGUUGACACCCAACGCUACUGUUAGUUAUAUAGAAAAAUAUUUAGCAGUAUUUCUAAAUGUACUAAUUAUACUAAGCAAACAACUAAUUUUUGCCAGCGUAAUUGAGCCAUGUUUUCAUGCAAUAAAUACUUAAGCAUUUAUUUUCGAUUCAUGAAUUUAAUUAAAAAAUCAAAAAGAAAAAAAUAUUGUAUUUGUGUAUGUGACUGAUUUUUAUGUUAGUGUACUCAUGUUAUAACCAAAGCAAGUAAUUCUUUAGCAAAAAAGUAAGUGAUUAAAAAUGUUAAAGUUAAUGUUAAAUAUGGUAAGCAAAAAAAAAAUAAAUAUUGUAAAUAAAAACAUUAAUAAAUACUCUAAAGUAGAGCUAAAACCAUUUUGUUUAUUAACAACAUAUUCUUGAUGUUAAUUGUAAAACUGAGCAGCUAAUUUGCAAUAAGCUAAUUCUUAUACACAGUGAGCGCCACUUAAUUGCAAACAAUAAAUAAAUAUUUUGAGGUUAUUUGCAAAAUUUGCACAUAUAUGUAUUUUGUAAUCAUGUCUCUUUAAGUUGGAGAUAAUGUUAGGCUUGCUAUAAACUUCAAAACCCUGUUUUAAUCUUCAACUAAAAUUGAUCUUUUUCUCUCAAAUAAUUUCGGUACCAUGACUGAAAUCAUUUAUUCCUUAUCAAUUAUUGCUAAAAAAAAAAACGUUUUUGUUUUUUUGAAGAGCCAUUUUUUGUAAUACAAUACGAAACAGAAUUUAUUCUAAUUAUUGACCGUUGCUUUUUAUACAUUUUGACCGCCUUUCUGUGGUCAAAUUUGUAGAUACCAUGUCAAUAGAAAUGUUCGUCUUUUUAAAUAAAUAAAUUAGACACCCAAUUUUCGACUUCUGCGUAGGAAUCGAAAAACUGCGCAGCCAAUGCGUGUCCCAUCGAUGAAAACAAAUUGUAAUCGCAAGGGGUCAAGUCUUGUGAAUACGGCGGAGAGGGUAGCAGCUCCCAGCCAAGUACUUAAAAUGUAUCCCGCACUGAUUUCGCUUUGUGUGCAGGUGCAAUGUCGUGUAACAAAAUUUCUUUGUCGUGUCUUCUGGCCCAUUCCGGUCGUUUUUCGAUCAAUGCAUGGCUCAAAUUGAUCAUUUGUUGUCUGUAGUGAUUAGUAUUAACAGUUGCACUAGGUUUUAGGAGCUUGUGAUAUACCACACCUUUCUGAUCCCACCAAACACAGCGCAUUGCCUACUUACCGCAACGAUCUGUUUUUACGGUCGUUGUUGAUGGUUGUUCCGGAUAAACCCUUGCUUUUCUCCGUUUAGGGUUCUUAAAAUAGAUCAAUUUUUCAGCGCCAGUGACAAUUCGAUGCAAAACUAAACUUCUCUUGUAUCUUUGAAGCGAAAUUUUACAAGUGUUUAUUUCGGUUCCAUUUGUCUUUCAUUCAAUUCAUGUGGCAACCAUUUUCCGCACUUUUGGCUCUUUCUCAUGGCUUACAAAAGUUCUGAAAUUAUUUUUUUUUUUUUUGCAUGGCUGUCAUUUGCUUUUGACUCUAAGUAUCAUCUUCAUCCAAUAUUGCUUGCAAUUCAGCGUCUUCAAACUUGGUGGUCAUCGACGUUUUCUAUUUUUCACAUCAAAAUUAUUAUCUCCGAACCGUUGAAACCAUCUUUUGCAUGUUGCUUUUGAUAGAGCUUGAUUACCAAGCAGUUGAUGCGGGUCUGUAGCAGUUUUCUUCCAAUGGAAACAGAAAAUUAAUGCUUUUCGCAACUCAUCACUCUUCGGUUCGCUUCGGUGCGAAAUUUGACAUUUGAAAAAAUAUGAUGUUGUUUGUUCAAUGGCUGUCAACCAAAAAGAAAUAAAUUAAGGCUCAACAACACGUUUGUAUCUUUACGCUCUCUUCAUACCGAUACACUUGGUUUUUAGAAAAAUACGGUAUUGUUUUCUGAUUACUAUACAUUACAUCAGUUAAUAUUUUCAAAUAUUCCGUCAAUGUAAAAAUUUGCAGUUGCCAUAUUCUUAAUAAUAUAUUUAUAUAGAAGAAACGACAAGCCGUGGGCAUAAAACUGCUAUUUUCAAUUUUUUUAUUUUUAAUUUUGAUUUAUGCAUUGCAAUUAGGCGAAGUUCACUGUAAUCAUUAUUAUAACAUAUACCUGUUACAAUGUGUCAUAAUAAAUACUUAAUAAACUCUUAAUGACUGAUUUCGUUUACAAGCAAAUAAAGUACUAAAUUUACACGAACAAAUCCACAAACGAAAAAAAA